UAGUGGAUGACGCAUUUCGCCUCAUCAAUUGCACGAUUGAGACAACUCGAGAAUUAUUGUAUAACUUAAGAGAUAAAGGCGUGCUCAAAAUUGAGAAAUCUAGUACUUUAGGUGCCUAGACAAACUCCGUCAGUAACCUACAGCGAAAUUCGACAUUCGAAAUGCACUUGCCAGCAAUCAGCAUCCUUCUUGGGUUUGCAGCCACUUCAAUGGGCGAAACACUAUUGUACCGCAAUACCUUCAACGAUACAUCAGCACUCAACGGAUGGGUUGCCGAAGGCCCAGUCAAUGCCACUGUUUCCAACAACACCCUCACGCUCGCAGGCGCAGGCGGUCCAGACGACUACUUUGUGUACUGGGUACGCGAAGUCUUUCCCGAUCAAAUCCGUAUCACAUGGGAGUUUCAGCCAAUCCAGGAACCGGGACUGGCUAUGUUCUUCUUCGGUGCAACGUCUGUUGACGGCGGAAGCAUCUUCGACCCGUCCUUGAAGCCACGUAACGGUUCUUAUCCGCAGUAUCAUUCUAGCGACAUUCGUCUCUUGCACGCUUCAUACUUCCGUCGAAGGUGGCCGGAGGAGCGGAAUUUUCAUGUCGCGAAUCUGAGAAAGAGUCCUGGGUUUCAUUUAGUGGCGCAGGGUGCGGAUCCUAUUCCGUCGGUCGAGGACGUGCAGGGAGUGUAUUACAAGCUCGAAGUUGUGAAGGACAAACGGGAGGUCACAUUUAAGGUCAAUGAUCUGUUGCUAUUCUCCUUUGACGACACGAAGACGAAUACUGGGCCUGUGGUCAGGGGAGGGAGAAUUGCACUUCGCGGUAUGCAGCCGCUUAUUGCAAAUUAUCGCAAUCUUGAAGUUUGGAAGCUUUAGUGCUGAGAUCGCUGUUCGGAUAUGUCGUACUAAUUACAAGUCAACCCAAUCUUUCUAAUGCAGCACUACCAUACGUUGUUUCUCUAGUGCUGUCAGGUUCCCUUUCCGCUGCGUUUGAUGCUGCCAAACUUC